AUGAUGUACAUUCGUACCUUCGGUGACAUGCUUCACCUCCUGGCUAUUUUUAUUCUACUAGGAAAGAUGCUGCGGGGGCGUUCUGCUGCGGGUCUUUCUCUUAAAACGCAAUUUCUUUUUGCUCUUGUCUUCACGACGCGGUACCUUGACCUGUUUUUGUCCUUUAUUUCUGUGUACAACACCAUGAUGAAGAUAUUUUUUCUCGCAACCUCGUGGCAUAUUUGUUACCUAAUGCGUUGUAAAAGCCCGUGGAAGACAACCUAUGACCACGAGAACGACACCUUCCGCAUCCGUUACCUGAUCAUUCCCUCGUUUGUUCUCGCCCUUCUUUUCAACGGUCACCAGCAUGGCAUGUGGGUGAUGGACGUGUUAUGGGCAUUUUCGCAGUACCUGGAGUCUGUGGCUAUUCUACCACAAAUCUUCUUACUGGAAUAUACAGAACGCUACGAAGCACUCACAUCGCAUUACCUCGCCGCCAUGGGUGCCUACCGCCUCUUUUACCUUAUACAUUGGAUUGCUCGCUAUUUCGUGCACGGAAGCGUUAAUGCUGUCUCUGUGUGCGCUGGCGUGCUUCAGACAGUGUUGUACGUUGACUUCUUUUACCACUACAUCAGCCAGGUUGUGUGGCGCGCUAAGCAGCGAUAUGAUUUGGCGCGAUGA